AUGAGCUGCAGAACAGAGUCCAGUGGAUGAGAGGAAGCAUUUGGUGAUUGGAGAGGAUUAGAGGAUUACUUACACAGCUGACUGCAUUCAUCAUCUGCAGCAUCACUUUGUCUUUGGUCCUCCCUCUCUGUCCGUCAUCUGCUGACCUGUCACCAUCUCACCGUCAUCCAGCCGAGUCAGAAGAGAAGUGGAAGUUUAACAAACAGCAUGGAGGUGUCCGGGUUCUUCGUCAGCAGGAGGGUUGUGUUGAAGUGGACUACAGAGCUCGGUGCAGAGAACAGCAGAGCUAAACUACCAAGCUUCACUGGACUUUCUGCUCUUCAACUCCUCUGAACGAACCUCCUGUUCCUCCUGCUGGUGUCCAGGGAAACAUGAGUCUCCUUCCUCCGACUCUUGUCUUCCUCCUUCUUGCCAUUUAUUCCCCUCAGUCCCUCCUUCCGUCAGUCGAGGGCUCACGGUCGUGUCCUCAUCAGUGUCUUUGCUAUGAGCACGCAGAGCUGGUGGACUGUCGUGACCGAGGGUUCAGACAUGUUCCUCGAAGCCUCCCUCACGGCACCUGGCUGCUGGAACUGGGCGGAAACAAUCUGAGUGUGAUCGGCACCCGGGCCUUCGUCGGCCUGUGGUCCCUGCGGGUGCUGGUGCUGACCAACAACCAGAUAGAAGAACUUGAACCACAGGCUUUUUUCUCUUUGUCCUUCCUGGAGAAGAUGAUUCUCAGUUGGAACAAGUUAACAACUCUACCUGUGGACUUUUCAACGAGUCUGUCUGCUCUUAAAGAGCUGCGACUGGAGCACAACAAACUGCAUUAUAUAUCUGGAUUCAGCUUUGAAUAUCUGGACAACUUGGAGAAGUUGGACCUUAGUAAUAACCAGCUGACGUCUAUCGGUCCAGGGGUCCUCAGGGGCCUCUCCAGGCUCAGACAGCUCUAUCUGCAGAACAACAGGCUAACUGUGCUGCAGCAGGGCAGCCUGGAUAUGCUGCCUGGACUAGAGGUGCUCCAACUGAGCAACAACAACAUCUCUCAGAUAGACCCUGAUGCUCUGGCUCCUCUCUACAGUUUGGUGGUUCUCAUUCUGGAGGGAAACAACCUUCAACACCUAAAGUUUAAGACCUUCAUCAGCCUCCAUACGACAGCAACACACAUCCAGCUUUCAGGCAACCCGUGGAGUUGUGACUGUGAUCUGCAUCGUGUCUUCAGUAAGAUCCUUCACGUUCGGCACCUCCACAUCGACGACUACCGCAAUGUGACGUGCCAGAGCCCUCCUCAGCUGACUGGAGCUUCUCUGGUCUGGGUGGACAGCCAGCUCUGCAUCGCUGAGACCGCCACCGUUCUGGUCAUCACCGUGACCGUGGUGGUCACCGUGGUGGCCGCCGUGGUGAUGGCGGAGAGGAACAGGAAGAGGAACCAUGGGAAGAACUGGGACACUGAGUCUCAGACACAAACUCAGAGUCCUCCAUCCUGAGAGUUUGAAUAACAGGAGGAGACUUUAACAGUAUGGAGACUGAAGGCUGAACUAACCAAAGACAAGAAAGCUUACAGCAUAUGGUUCAAGAUGCAAAUGGUUGAUUCCUUAAAUGGACAAAUUAUGUUCCGGGUCCUUCCAGUUCCCAUCUGACCCUCUCACAGUUGGCCAGUUUUUAAAUUUAAAAUAACUUCAGUUUAUCUAACGAAGAAUUGCUAAAUUUUACCUUCAUACUGUGGAUAUUUUCCUCGUUUACAAGCCUGGAAGCACACAGCAAAGACCAAAAACUCCACAUCAUCACAAACAUCCCCACUGUGAAGCACGGUGGUGGCAGCAUCAUGAUGCCUGGAUGCUUCUCGGCAGCGGGCCCUGAAAGGCUUGUAAAGGUAGAGGGCAAAAUGAACACAACAAAGUAUAGCAUGUUUUAAUUGACAUGACUUUUUCCAACAUAAAUGCAUGAGAUGGACACAAUGGAUCUGCUCAAGGUGUCACAAUCUAAAGCCAAAAUCUAGUUUUUGCUCAACAGGAUUCUUUCUAAAAUUAACUUUGAGCAUCAAUAUCAUGGGAUAUAUCCAUAGUUUCAACAGCAAAACUGCACCAGUGCCACUCUGGGUGUUUGUUUCUGAUAAUUUACCUUCGAAAAAUGUAUUUUGGGUACACUUUCAACAUGCAAAUCAACAUGUGGGAAAUACGGUUGGCCAAAACAACUAUAGCAAAUGAAAAGUCUUACUUUUACCCACAUUAUGGUGCCAAUUGCAUUUGUAAGCCCAGAUUCCUUCUUUUUCAAAAAUGCUUUUCUAAUGUCUCUAUUUAAAAAGGGCUACAUUUUGACCAACACAUAAGCACUUUGAGGGCCUGUAACUUGGAGAAUAUUUAUAAUAUGAAGGUACAAUUUUGCUUUGUUUGAUAUACAAAAGUUAUAGUACGAAUAAGAUCAGCUGAUUCUAAGAGGGUCAGGUGAGUGGCAAUGAUUGAUUUUUAACCAAAUGAGGCUUUUCCCCUGUAGGCAUUUAAGUGUACUGUAAGUGUGGAUGCUACUACUAGUUUCUGCUGUAGUUAAUGGUGAUAACUGCAACCUGAUUUCAUGGCAUUAUAUUAAUCUGCUUUGAAACAAAUGUUUUAAAGAUCAAGUGUUGAUGAAUGUUCACUAUCGGCACCAACCUUACUGACAAACACUUUAUCCACUUAAUUUCCACAGUAAAAGCCACCCUGUGUUUCACCAUAUACAUGCUUUUAAUGUGAAGUGGCAGCAGUAGCGUUUGUUUGAUUUGCAUUAGCAGUAACUUUAGACAGUAGUGAGGAAGAUAUCCGUUGAUUAAAAUGACAAGCAGUUGUAGUAUCUGAUGUGUUGCUUAUCAUAUGGAAAAUUAUUAUUAUUAAGCAACUCACUAUCAAUGGACGUUUUCUUCAACAUCUGCACACCCUCAAUGUCUAAGAGAAACGACGACACAGUGAUGCCUCAUCAUAUGUUGCAUUGUCUCUUGUCAAUCUUCUGUGCAUAGUUAGACAAUUUCCAUCCAGUUUGAUAAUGGCAGACCCCACUACUGAUUAUAAAAAUUACUGCAUAAAGAAGGAAAUAAAGAGGUAAAUACAUAGAAAGUA